AUGCAUAAAGAAUGGAGAUAAAAAUAUAGAAUUAUAAAAUAACUUUAAUUUGUGAGGAAUAGAAAUGAAUUGAUAAAUAGAAAUGAGGAUAAUACAGAGUAAGACCUUGUUAUUAAUUUGUAUAAGCCAGCUCUUCGAAUUUGA